GUACUCACACCGACCCUCCGCAGCGGAGGGACAAGCCCAGGCGUAGGACAAGCAUGCCAAGGUAUACGGUGCAUGUCCGAGGGGAAUGGCUUGCCGUGCCUUGCCGGAGUGGCGCAAGCACAGUGAGGUGGCUGGGGAAAGAAGCCGUGAGGCGUUACAUGAAAAACAAGCCUGACAACGGAGGCUUUGGUUCUGUGGAGGAAGUACAAUUCUACGUUCGCCGUUGCAAAGGCCUUGGAUUGCUGGAUCACGACGAUACUUUAGAAGAUGCCCUCGAGGACAAUGAAUUUGUGGAAGUUGUGAUACAAGGAGAUGUAAUGUCCCCAGACUUCAUUCCAUCACAGCCAGAGGGUGUUCAUAUAUAUAGUAAAUAUCGAGAACCAGAACAGUAUAUUUAUUUAGAUGGGAACCACUUGACAACACAGGAUUUAGUCAAUUUAGGAAAGGGGCUGUAUAAGAUUAAGUUAACCCCUGAAGCUGAAACUAAAGUCAGAGAAUCAAGAGAUGUUAUUGAAAGUAUUGUAAAGGAACAGAGAGUUGUCUAUGGAAUUACUACAGGUUUUGGGAAGUUUGCACGAACUGUUAUUCCAAACAGCAAGCUAUGGGAACUUCAAGUGAAUUUGGUUCGGUCACAUUCUGCAGGUGUUGGGAAGCCUUUGAUUCCAGAGAGAUCUCGUAUGCUCUUAGCUCUAAGGAUCAAUGUCUUAGCAAAAGGAUACAGUGGAAUAUCACUAGAAACUCUUCACCAAGUCAUUGAAGCAUUUAAUGCAUCCUGCCUGCCCUACAUCCCUGAGCAAGGGACUGUUGGAGCCAGUGGAGAUUUGGCACCUCUUUCCCAUCUUGCUCUGGGACUCAUAGGAGAAGGGAAGAUGUGGUCACCAAAGAGUGGAUGGGCUGAUGCAAAAUAUGUGCUAGAAGCUCAUGGACUGAAACCAAUUACAUUGAAGCCCAAAGAGGGCCUGGCUCUUAUAAACGGGACACAAAUGAUUACUUCUCUAGGAUGUGAAGCAGUUGAAAGGGCCAGUGCAAUUGCCAGACAAGCUGACAUAGUGGCUGCCCUCACACUAGAAGUUUUGAAGGGCACAACAAGAGCUUUUGAUACUGAUAUUCAUGCACUGCGACCACAUCGAGGGCAGAUAGAGGUGGCUUUUCGAUUCAGGUCACUUUUAGAUUCUGAUCACCAUCCCUCUGAAAUAGCAGAAUCUCAUCGAUUUUGUGACAGAGUACAAGAUGCAUACACACUGCGUUGCUGCCCUCAGGUUCAUGGCAUUGCGAAUGACACAAUAGCAUUUGUCAAGGACAUAAUCACCACAGAACUCAACAGCGCAACGGACAAUCCUAUGGUUUUUGCUGAGAGGAAGGAGACAAUUUCUGGAGGAAAUUUCCAUGGUGAAUACCCUGCCAAGGCUCUGGACUAUCUUGCAAUUGGGGUCCAUGAACUUGCUGCAAUUAGUGAAAGGAGGAUCGAACGGCUCUGCAACCCAUCCCUCAGUGAGUUGCCGCCAUUUUUAGUCACAGAAGGAGGUCUGAACUCUGGAUUCAUGAUUGCACACUGCACAGCAGCAUCCUUGGUUUCCGAGAACAAAGCCUUGUGCCACCCGUCUUCUGUGGAUACUCUUUCGACCAGUGCUGCCACAGAGGACCACGUGUCCAUGGGAGGAUGGGCUGCAAGAAAAGCACUCAAAGUCAUUGAGCACGUUGAACAAGUAUUGGCUGUAGAACUCCUUGCAGCAUGCCAGGGCAUUGAGUUUCUACGCCCCCUGAGAACUACGACCCCAUUGGAAAAAGUCUAUGACCUUGUGCGCUCUGUUGUCAGGCCUUGGAUGAAAGAUCGCUUCAUGGCCCCAGACAUUGAGGCAGCUCACAGACUGCUUGUGGAUCAGAAGGUUUGGGAAGUAGCUGAGCCAUACAUUGAAAAAUACAGAAGGGAGCACCUUCCUGAGUCCAGGCCAAUCUCCCCUACUGCCUUUUCCUUAGCAGCAAGUGAAAAUGCUUCACGCUGUCGCCACCAACAUCAUAGCGACUCAGAAGAAUUUGAUUAAAAGCAAAUACAAUCAGAAACGAACCCCAGUACUUCAGUUGAUAGCAAAACCUGCGCGUUUUUAAGAACUCCCAUAUUCUGUACUUUA